AUGCUGCGCACAGAAUUCGAUGAUAAACGCAAAGCGGAAGCGAAGCUGAAAGCCCUCGAACCGAAACCGAAACGGGGCCGCGGCAGACCACCGAAGAAGAGUCGCGGUGGUGGCAGGAAACCACUUGCUGGCAAACGCAAGGCUGAUCCGGCGAAGAAGGACAGUGGCGAACCUAAAGAGAAGCGCGGCCGUGGAAGGCCACCGUCGAAGGGAGGUGCUGCGGCCGCCAAGAAACCUGCUGCUGGUGGCAAAGGACGCGGAAGAGGCCGCCCAAAGAAGAACUAG